UCUUUGCAAAUCAUAUUCUCCUAUUACCUCAAAUGAUAUUUUUCAGACAUUUAUUGCUGCACUACUACCGAUUACCUCUUCGCAAGAUAUCACAUGGUUCAAGAUCACACGUGCAAUACGCAUGUAAGGAAUAAUUUAUAUCAUGUAUAUUUGCAGAUUAGAUAAUAAAUUAAACCAAUCGCAAGAUGAUUACGAAUAAUAUGUGGAGACUAGGUCGUCUUGUCAGAGGAUGUCAACAUUGCGGCUCUUUAUUGCGAAUAGCAUCGCAACGUUUAACAAAUCACGUCAGAAGCUGUUCAAGUGCCAAUAUAAGAUAUGUCAAGAACACUCGUCGACGUUGGAAAGUGAUUAUCCCUGGAAUCGGGUUAUCGCUACUCGCAGCGACACAAUGGGAUUAUUUACACAAACAUGGAUAUUCCAUCGACAUACAUGAUAGGCCAGAAUUGUUAAAUGAUGUUGUGGUUACAUGCUAUUGCUGCCUGCCAUUGCGAACAACCAGCAGAGUAUGGGGUUGGUUAACGAGCAUUGACUUGCCAGUGAGUUUGAGACCAACGCUCUACAAAUUUUACGCGAAUAUAUUUCACGCCGAUCUGGACGAGAUAGAAUUGGAUCUGUCUGCAUUUCCAAACCUAGUGGAAUUUUUUGUAAGGGCGCUUAAGCACAAUGCGAGACCAAUUGCUGAGAAUGCAAACAUGAUUUCGCCCGCAGAUGGCAAAGUUCUUUAUUUCGGACCAGUAACUUCUUGUCGUGUGGAACAAGUGAAAGGAGUUACGUACGAUCUUAGACAGUUUUUAGGAGACUUAAAUGAUUCCACGUCGAGAAAACUCGCGGACGAUUAUAUUAAUUCACUCUUAAAGAAUCCAGACAACAGAUUGUAUCAAUUAACUAUUUAUUUGGCACCUGGUAAUUAUCAUCGAUUUCAUAGUCCCACUGAUUGGAAUAUAAAAUUCCGACGGCAUUUUCCAGGAAAAUUAUUAAGUGUCAAUCCAAAGGUGCUGAAGUUUAUGCAUAAUCUGUUCUCGCUGAACGAACGCGUCGUGUAUGUCGGAGAAUGGACAGGCGGUUUUAUGGCCUAUACAGCAAUCGGCGCGACGAACGUGGGCUCCGUGAGAGUUUACUGUGAUGAAAGCCUGACGACCAAUACGGUGCAGUGGCCAGAAUUCGCGCAUCCAAAGGAGACGAAUUUAGGAUACACUCGUAUAGAUAAAGGUGAACUGUUCGGUGAGUUCAGACUCGGAUCCACGAUUGUGCUUCUGUUCGAGGCACCGCGAGACUUUCAAUUCUCCCUGCAAAUCGGCCAGACCAUUAAAGUCGGUCAGGCGUUGAGCGUGCAUUCCAACGACAAGUCCGAGGAAAAACAGAUCGAACGGCGACACUUAAUUAUGGAUGUCGCUCAGAAUUGGAGAGAUAUAUGGAAGUCUGAAAUAUAUAAAGCAAAUUAAGCUAAAGUAGGAACCGAUUUUAAUUCUACGGAGAAAUCAGAUACGUGCCUGCGCCCUUUGUCGCGCGAAGUCGUAGGUGGAAUAAAGAGAAGAAUGCCUUAAUGAAAGAUCUAGAUCUAUUCGGACCCUCUUUCGGAGUAAGUAUCGAUCUUGCAAUUACUUUUGCACAUAGCUACCUUCGUGUGCGAGAAAUAAUUAUAUCUCACACGAUUCAUCUAAAAUUAUACCCAACUUAAAUCUUAUGCAAAACUACACUUGUUCGUUAUUUUAAUUGUGCAAACAUCACGCGAAAGACGUGAUUUAUAAUAGGUUUGACACAAUUAUUUAUACCUAUUGCAUAUUCACGUGUCAUAGGCACAUGUUAAUUACGCAAUGCGUUGUAAUUAUAAUGUGAUUACAAUCGAAAAUCGUACGGAAUUACUCGACGCGUGAAAAUAUAUAUUUCUCUCUCUUUGUGCGUCAUUACUAAUAGAGGUCGGAUCGUAAACUGUUUUAGUUGCAUGCCAAAUCGAUCUUUCGCAGUUAAGGAGGCCGGCCAAGGCCAUUAGAUUGAAACAUUUUCCUCAAUUAAAGCUUUAGUUGCUUUUUUUUAUACUAGAAAGUAACAAAGGAAUAUCAUAAGUCUAUGAGCGCACGAAGUGUCAAUCUAGCUAACGUUUUUACGCCGUAAAAGAGAGUAUUUUUACCGAUCCUCUCUAUCGUUAAUAUUAAUGUUAUUUCUAGGAGAGUGAUUUAUAUAUUAGAUUAGAACAUUAUUGUGUGCUUUGCACGUUAAGUGCGCGUGCAAACAUGACUUUGCAUUCUAUAAAUUAGAAUAAAUCAGAAUACGAAUAAUCAUA